ACAGGAGCAACACAGGAGCAACACAGGGGCACCACCGGGGACACUACAUCCAGAGACAAGACAAAAUGGCCAACACGUUGAGAUCGUGGAUGAUGCUCGCAGCGCUCGUCGUCUGCCUGCUGGUGUGUCUGAGCAGCUUUGCGGACGCCUAUCCUCCCAAACCGGAGAGCCCAGGGAGCAACGGCUCACCGGAGGACUGGACCAAAUACCACGCAGCUGUCAGGCAUUAUGUGAACCUCAUCACCAGGCAGAGGUAUGGGAAGAGGUCAACCCCCGAGCAGGCGGUGGCGUGGCUGCUGUUUGGUGCUGAUUCAAGCCAAGAAGCUGAACCACGCUCCGACUACAGCGAUCAGUGGUAAAACAGCCCAACCUUUACCCACCGAUCCUUUCGACUCACCAACAAUCACUGAGAUUCUCAAACUGCACUGGACUUUGUGACUCUGUUAAAUUAUUGAAUGUGUUUAAUGUGCAUGCAAAUCUCUCUCUCUCUGUUUGUCUUCUUCUCUCAGUAUCUAUUUGUUCUUUGCCCAAAAAAAUGUAAAUAAUUUGUAUCAAAAUCAAUCUCUUCACAAGAAAGAAUUGAAUUAAAGUACUAUUAAA